GGGCCUCUCUAGCCGGCCCUCGCCGUCCUCUCGGUGGUAGCGCGGGGACGACUCGGAAGGCGGGCAGGCGAGUUAGGCCUUCCUGAACGCGGUGCUGCGGAGACCCGGCGGAGAGCUCCCGCUAAGGGUAUUCAGCACAUGACCUACUAAAGAAAAAUCUCUAGACAAAACAGGGAAAGAUUGCAAGAGUCAAGAAUGAUGGAUCCCUGUUCAGUUGGAGUACAGCUUCGCACCACAAAUGAGUGCCAUAAAACAUACUAUACUCGUCACACAGGUUUCAAGACUUUACAAGAAUUAUCAUCGAAUGAUAUGCUUUUACUUCAACUUAGAACUGGAAUGACACUUUCUGGGAACAAUACGAUUUGCUUCCAUCAUGUAAAAAUUUACAUUGACAGAUUUGAAGAUUUGCAGAAGUCAUGUUGUGACCCAUUUAACAUACACAAAAAGCUAGCCAAAAAAAAUUUGCAUGUAAUUGACUUAGAUGAUGCCACUUUUCUGAGUGCAAAAUUUGGGAGACAGCUUGUACCUGGUUGGAAACUUUGUCCAAAAUGUACACAGAUAAUCAAUGGAAGUGUGGAUGUUGAUUCUGAAGACCGCCAGAGAAGAAAGCCUGAAUCGGAUGGAAGAACUGCAAAAGCUUUGAGGUCACUACAGUUUGCAAACCCAGGAAAACAAACUGAAUUUGCUCCAGAAACUGGUAAAAGAGAAAAAAGAAGGCUUACAAAAAAUGCGUCUGCUGGUUCAGACAGACAAGUGAUACCAGCGAAGAGUAAGGUCUAUGAUAGCCAAGGUCUCCUGAUUUUCAGUGGGAUGGACCUCUGUGACUGCCUGGAUGAAGAUUGCUUAGGAUGUUUCUAUGCUUGCCCUGCCUGUGGGUCUACCAAGUGUGGAGCUGAAUGUCGUUGUGAUCGCAAAUGGCUAUAUGAGCAAAUAGAAAUUGAAGGAGGAGAAAUAAUUCAUAAUAAACAUGCAGGGUAAUUUGUGAUGUCAAACCACUGGAGUCUAAAGGUCCUCUAUUUCUGAAAUUCAGUCACUCUAAGAUACAUUUUAGGCUUGGUGGUCAAAUAACAAAAAUUUAAAACCUACCAAAAGUGUAUGCUAAUGUUUUGUUUGGGGUUCUUCAUGGUUCAUUAUUUGAUGUAAGUUUAUAUGGGUUGUUUCUCAGCAGUCAGUUUUAAGUCUGCCUGGGCGGUGGAAGUAAGAAGGGUAUGGGCAGUCCUCAAUUUGCAUGGCUCCCAGAGGCACAAAUUUCGUGACCAUGAUUUAGUUAAAUAACACCAGCUUCCUAACAGCAUGGUUCAGAUUCAGUUAGGGUAUCAGAUCAGCUGUUAAUUACUGAAGUAUUAGCACCUGUGUCCACAAAUCACUAAGUAACAGAUGUGCUUCAUAGUCAGUGACCAACUGUGUAACGUCUUUCAAAUUCUGCCUGUGAUUGGUCCUUGAACAUGUGUGUUUUUAGUCACCUACAGCAAAGCAUUUAGUUACAUUGUCAUCACCUGUGUGACAUUUUACAAAAGUGGAUAAUAGAAUUGACCAUCUAAGAUUGAAAGUUAAGUAAAGAAGUGAACAAUGAUAAUGCUAACAAAUGAAUGGAGUUUUAGAAAAAUAUCACUGAUCCUGGGAGUGUGGAUGCUGCUGCUGUUGCAGUGACUAGAUGAGUAUCCAGAGGAACUUGCCAAAGGCAAACUUACCUAUAUAAGUGAGAAAAGCAGUUGUGAGGGAGAUGACUGUGUCCCAGAAGUAAUGGCAAUACUUUCACAUUAGAGGAUAUUUAUUGUGAACACAGAAGUAGGUCACAACAUCAAAAUCACAAACAAAUGGUGGAAGCUGAUCCCAACUGAAAAGGACUAUGACAAGUUCCUUUAGUAUAGGAGAUGCUGACUCAGCAUCAGAAGUUAUUUAAUGAGGGCAAGCUGUGUUCAAACUACUGAUUAGUUUUUUACAAUAAAAUAAAACUUUGAUUCUUGAUGUUUAAACUUUCUUUCAUUUUCAUCUACAUUUAUAAUUGGCAGUUAAGAGUGUUUAAUGCUCCUACAAGUUUUUAAAGGUCAUAGAAUAUUCAUAAUUUUCUUUAUUGAUCAUUGCAAUUGCUUUGCUUGGACAUCUUUAUAAGUCCUAUACUACCAUGUAAACGAGGACCACCUGUAGCUGGGAACAAUGCCUCCUUCAGGGAAAACUGAUUUUGAUACUACUGACAUUAUUAAGCUAUUUUGGAAAUAAUCUAUAUAUCUAAGUAUUAAAAUAUAUUUCUUUUCUUCCAAUUUCAAAUAAAAAUAAAGUAAAUGUCUUAGUA